ACUGCCUGAUCGAGCGUUAAGUAUGGUUAUGUUUUGGGCACUUAUUUGCCUUUAAUUGUAAAAUGGAUGAUGUGAAACGGGAGAAUAAUAGAAUAAAACGGUCAAAAAGUGAAGUGAAGACCGUUACUUUUUAUUUCCAAAAGAGAAAUUAUAGUGCUUCAAAAAUUUUCGAAAGUUCAAGAAAUCAACACUUAAGUUACUCCUCAGUGGGAAUGUAUACGUGCCCUACCAGUGGGAGAUCCAAUUCAAUUUUAUUCAGCUGUUGCAAUAUUGACCCUGGAGUGAUAGACCAUAAUUUUAAUACAUUUUUGGACUGGAUGAAAGAACAAACCAUCAAAAGAAGGCGCUGUCGAGACAUCGAACAAUUGGUAGGACCAUUAUUUUGUCACCUUUAUAUGGAUAUAUUCAGAGGUGGGCAUGCAGACAGAGCUACGGCAUUUUACAAGUGCUAUUUAGAGUCGGUAGAAAAUAAGUGUGAUCCUGUAUUCAAGGAGUUGAUACAUCUUAUCGGGAGUGACAAUGACUUGAAGAAAUAUAAAGAAAAUGGUAAAUUGAAAGAGAAUUUUCGAAACAAGAAAAUCGUUAUUAAUAUAAGCAAGGAGUCGUUGGCAGGGCUGAAAAAGUUUGUAUUGGAAAAUUGUCAUGUGAUUUUUUUGCAAGUCUUACAAACCUGGUUUGAUUUUAAUAUCAUCACUGAUUAUGUAAAGAGAGAUAAGGAAGUUGUGACAGUGCCUUCAAUUGAAUAUCCCAAAGAUGAAAAAUUUCAGAAAUUACUGGGUGUUAUUAAUGAAUUGAAAAAGGAAUCAACCCCAAUAUUUAAUAUAAAAAUACAUUUCAGUCAACUGGAUAUAGCAUGUGGUUUACUAAAGAGACAGUGUGAGCUUGUAGCUUUUGCUGAAAAAAACAAAGUGUAUCUAAUGCCUGUUCAUCCCUUGAACUCUUUAUUUGACUUGGAUGACGAUAACCGUCAAGUAGUAUUAACCAACCACUCGGGCCAGAUUUACUGUAUGGACAUGUCACCCAUGAACGAUAUGUUGGUCUCUGGGAGCGGUGACGGCACAAUUUGUAUUUAUGAUUUAGUUAAUAUGACAUUAGUGCGGAAAUGUGUGGGACAUUUAGGACCUGUUUACUGUGUUAAGGUGAGCGGUAAUGGAGAGUUUUUAGUUUCGGGUUCCAUGGACGGAACUGCUAGAUUGUGGCAGUUAAGAAACGGAAAUAUUUUAAGGAUAUUUUCGGGACAUACUCAAUCUGUGACUUGUGUAGACUUCCAUCCAAAUUGUUUGUAUGUAGCUACAGGUUCAACUGAUAAAAAUAUCAGAUUAUGGUGCAUUAAUAAAUCUUCGUCUCUGAGGUUGUUGCACUUCUCUAAGGGGACAAUUUUUUCCCUAGCAUUCAGUCCUUGUGGCAAAAAGCUAGCAAGUGCAUGCGAAGAUAAGAAAAUUCGAGUUUGGGAUAUCCUAACUGCAAAAGUAACUGUGGAACUCAGAUGUAAAGAUUUCCCUAUCCUGAAGUUGCUUUGGAAUGAAGCGGGGAAUGAAAUCUGUGCGGGGACAGUAAACGGAGUUAUUCGAGUGUGGAACUGUUCUAAAACCCAGGAAAAUUGUGAGGUCAAUAAGCCACUCGAACCUGUAUUAACCCAAUCUGUGCAUGCACGGUUAUUGUGCAUUGAGUAUACUUUUGGUACAUAUAGUGUUUUGACAGCCUCAUGAUAAUUGCAUAUUUAUAUUGUAUUCUCAACCUCCAUUCAUUUUGUGAUUUUUCAUUCUGGUAAGAAUAACUCAAUGUUCAUUGAAACUGAUAACUUAAUAUACAAUCAAAAUCUAUUGUUACAGCAAUAAUAAUCAUCAGAUAGGUAUGUAACAUUGUACAGAAUAAUUCUUGUAUCUAUAUUGAUUUGUUUAACUAUUGCAUGCUUCAAUUUAUUGAGAGAAUCAACUUGCUGGAGCGAAUAUAUUCUAAAGAUGAUAACCAUUGACGCCUCAUUUACACACAUGUGUAAAAUUUAUUGUAGAGAUAAUUCAAAGAACGUUUUUAGUACAUUUACUGAUCGACUGAUCUAGCUUGGUCUCCGAGAAACAUAGAAGGGUUACUGUGUAACAAAGUGCAAAAGGUAGCUAUCGAGCAUUAUGACACUGUGCAUACAAACCCCAUAGGUCAAGGUGGAAUGGUCGAUUUGUAGUACUGU